CAUGACCGCACGGGGAGCGCGUUUUGGGAAGCGGCGCGCAGAGCAGCAGCGUUAAGCAGGUCCCCGGUGUUGAAUGAACCCAGAUAUGGCACAGGAUGUGUUGACAUCUCCUGGUUUUUCUCCAGCUUUCCUCUCUGAAAUGGAGCUGUCUAUGCAGGGCUCCUCUUCAAACGUAUCCAGACCGUUCCACAAUACCAGUGUUCCGCUAAACGGCACUGGGAAUUACAGCAACGACCAAUUCACUGAGGUCAACCUCUUUGAAAUCCUGGGUCCGAAACAAUCUCCCUUCUUCCUCCCAGUGACCAGUGUUUACCUCCUCAUCUUCCUCACUGGCUUGUCUGGAAAUCUGCUCACAUGCGCCGUGAUAGCAAAACACAAGAAGAUGCGUAACCCCACCAACCUCUACCUGGUGAGCCUGGCCGCGUCGGACCUCCUCGUGCUUUUGUUCGGGAUGCCCCUGGAGAUUUACGAACUGUGGCAGAACUACCCGUUCCCCUUCGGCGAGGGGGGCUGCUACUUCAAGACCUUCCUCUUUGAGACAGUCUGCUUCGCCUCAAUCCUCAACGUGACAGCUCUGAGCGUGGAGAGGUACAUCGCCGUGGUGCAUCCGCUCAAAACACGAUACCUGUCGACUAAUCAGCACGCCAAGCAGGUCAUCACCAUCGUGUGGGUGGUGUCGAUGAUCUGUGCCAUCCCCAACACCUCGCUGCAUGGCAUCUUCUACCUGCCAGAGAGAAUGGAGGAGUCGGCCACAUGCACGGUGCUGAAGCCCCUGUGGAUCUAUAACUUGGUAAUGCAGAUCACCACUGUGUGCUUCUAUUUUGUACCCAUGAUGGUGAUUAGCAUGCUGUACCUGGUGAUGGGGCUUCAUUUGGGCAGGGAAAGACACCAUUCCAGCGGGAGCCUGGGAAAGAACUGUAGCAGCAGCGUUCGGAGGAAGAUCAGCGUGGAGGACAGGCGCAGGAAGCAGGUCAUCAAGAUGCUCUCAAUUGUGGUGGCUGUGUUCGGAGUCUGCUGGGCGCCCUUCCACAUCGAGCGGCUCCUGUGGAGUUCCAUCAGCCAGUGGACCGACUUGAUGCACAAUAUUUAUCAGUACGUCCACAUCCUGUCGGGUGUCCUCUUCUACCUCAGCUCUGCGGUCAAUCCUGUCAUCUACAGCCUGCUCUCCACAAGGUUCAGGGAGUGUUUCCGCGAACUUGUGUGCUCCCAGACGGAGGACAACAGCUCUGUCAAGGACUCGCCGCCCUUCCCCAAAAUCUUAUUGGAACCCUCUGUCUCGAGUUCCAGAGCUCAGGCUGAGGCUAAGGACUCUAAUGCUUUCAUCCCUUUGCUGUCUCCUAACAUGACACUGAGCGUGGACACUGCAAUCCUUACAUAUGAAUGUGAAGAGACGACUUGCAAGACCUCUGUGUUCUAAUUGAGAUUUGAUUUGAAUAAGCUAUCAAGCAGCUGAUCCCGAGCUGCUUCAAAGGAGGAGCGUGACAUUUUGUGUAAUGCGCUUAUUGACUUUCUUGCUGAGAGUUUGUGGAGAAGAUGGAUACAACGCUCAAAUCGGUCCAUG